AUGAGAAUGUAUUCUUAGAAAAGUCAGCUCUGUGGGAUGCAGUAUAAUAUAGAAUACAGUUGUAUCUGCAAGAUAGCUUAAAACCAUUUUGCUUGUCUUUUCUCUGUUCCCCUCUAAGAAGAGUCUGGCUGCAUGUUCUAUACGCACCCCUUUGGUUACUGGCAUGUAGCAGGUAAUCUUUCCUAAUUGUCUCAUCGCAAGACUGACCAGACCCUGUGCCGUCAGCCUCUACUCUUGUACUUGUGCGCUUCAGUCUUCCAGUCAUGUUAGUGGCUCUCUGCUAGGCCUGUUUUGUCAAUGAAAUUGCUGUCUUUCAAUAGAAUUAGUAUCAACUCAGUUUGUUUCCAGAGGAUUAAGGUAAACUGAGUUAAUUGUUAGGCUUUUAGGUUAUGACUGUUUAGCAGGAAAAAAAUCAUGCAGUAGAGGCUUGUUAACAGUUGUUAAAAUAAUCUGAUUGGUUUUUCUUACUGAACGACUGAGCUGUUAAAUAAUGAAGAAAUAGGCAUUUUGCUUUGCCUCUGGAAGGACUGUAGUGUCCUGCAUUAACUUUAAUUUGCCUUUGAAUUUAAUUUUUAAUUUAUUUGUUUUUAAUGUAAAACCCCACCAACCAAAUUCUCAAAACCGUCUUCAACAUUCACCAGUGAUAAAAUUUUUAACUCUGAGGUAAUUUAAAAUUUAUUUCAACAUACUUAAACAUAGUUGAGUCUGCUCAGAUUUUGCUCAGUUUUUGUUAAAUUUGGAUAUGGCCCCAUGCCUGGUCUAAGUCCAUCUCAGUCUGAACUGCCUCCUGAAGGGCAGUCAUAUUCUCUUCCCAUCUGCCUGUUCCUGCCUCUUUACUUUAUUUGUCCUCUGCAGUUGUGUAGCUUCAUACAAAGGAAGGCUGCACAGAAAUCUGAGGAAAAAACCCACACAUUUCAUAUUGUGGCAUCCCAGGCUAAGAUUAGCUUAGUUUUGUUGUGAAUACACGUCCUCAUGUGUGUUUUGCUAGCAGUAGUGGAGUGAUUGGAUGACCUCGAUCUGGAGAGAUUGCAAGCACUUUGUAAUUCAGUAUGUAAGUGAUUUUAAAAAAUGAGUUUAAAUCGCUAAGUUGAAAUUCAGUUGCGGUUAAGUACAAAGUAUUAUGGAAAGAGAAAUCCAGGUUGCAAAUAAAAAAUUGGGAAACAUUCAGGUAAUUGUUUGGUAGUUGUAGCAAUAUUGGCUUAGGUUUAAUAGAACAAACAGUAAGAUUUGCUGAGGUUACAAAGAAACACCACUUCUAGCUUUAGCAAUAGAAGUAUUUAUUGUCUUUCUCACAGGGGCUCUGCUGCCCCUGUGGAUCUGUUGAAUGACCAGGCUGUGUAAGUGCUGUUAAUUUAUUAGGGGCAAAAUGAACUAUUUCAUCUCAGAGCACAAUUUAAACUUUAUUUUAAUAAUCUGCCUAUUCUGAACUGCUGUGUGGAGUGACUGGAGAGGUGGAAGGGGUGGGAAGUAAAUCAGUGCUUCCACAGUAUAGCUAGGUCCUCUGUACCCAAAACUGUAGGAACCAUGAAUUUAGAGAAGCUUAGAGGGGGAAAAAUGUUUUAGGAAAGAAUAUGUAAUUGCAUAUUAUUAAAAACUGGAUCAUGCUGACUAGUGAAACUGAACAAUUCCGUUCUGCACAGGUAUUUAUAAAACAGUAAAAUAAUGUUUUGUACUCCUUGAGAUGGCUUACCUCAAGAGAAAGAACUAGAAUCUUCCACUGAGGACUUUUCCAGACAAUAUAAUUAAUCUGUCAGAUGUAUGACGAGAAUGUGAGAAGUGGAGGAACUGCAAUUCAUUUCAAUACUGUAAUAUUAAUCAAAAUUAUUUUUAAAACUGGGAGGCUGAAUAUUCUUGCUCUUUAUGGAGACAUCCUAUGUAAGCAAUGUCUAAGUCUUUGUAAAACUGUUGCCCAGUAGACUAGAAAAUGGAGUCACACCUGGACCCCAUGAAGGACGAUUUGCCCUUAAUGGCCAACACAAAUUACAUGCUUGUAAGGCAUUAUGUAUUGGACUUGGAUGUGGAUUUUAAAAGUAAAGUUAUUGAAGGCAUCAUAGUGUUAUUCUUUGAGACUGGGAGCCAGUACCUGAAAACCAGCAGCAGUGGCAAAGAAUGCUGUCAGUCACAGUUUGAUGAAACCUGUGAAGUGAAGGCAUGUGAACCCUGCUACAUGCCUAUGACAACUGUGAGUGCCUGUUCACCUAAACUGGAAUAUAAUGAUUUUGCUGUCUGUGGUAAAGGUGAAGAAGACACUUCUGAGAAAAAUGGUAACCAUAGCAACGAGGCACAGGCUUCUGGGAUUUCUAGUUCAAAGGACAUCUGUGACAUACAAAAUCAGGGGAACAAGGAUUUUCUGCUGGUACUGGACUGCUGUGAUUUAUCCGUGCUGAAGGUUGAGGAGGUAGAUGUUGCUGCUGUGUCAGGCAUUGAAAAAUUCACAAGGUCUGCCCAGCUAACGGAUGUUUCGAAGGAGCUGGAAAAUCUCAGGAAUCAGAUUGUACAUGAACUUGUGACUUUACCUGCAGAUCACUGGAAGGAACAGCUAUACUGUUUUACUCGCUGCAGCCAGGCACCUGGCUGUGGAGAGCUUCUGUUUACUACUGGCACUUGGAGCUUGGAGAUAAGAAAAUCAGGAGUUCAAACUCCAACAGACUUUCCUCAUGCAAUAAGAAUAUGGUACAAAACCAAGCCAGAGGGAAGAUCUGUUACGUGGACUACAGACCAGAAUGGCAGGCCGUGUGUGUAUACGAUGGGAUCGCCAAUAAACAACAGAGCUCUUUUCCCAUGCCAAGAGCCACCUGUUGCCUUGUCAACGUGGCAAGCCUCAGUCCGAACAGCUGCAGACUUUGUUGUGUUAAUGAGUGGUGAAAACUCAGCAGAGCCAGUCCAGCUUCAAGAAGGUAUCAUGAGCUGGUACUACUAUGUGACUAUGCCAAUGCCAGCAUCCACCUUCACUAUUGCUGUGGGGUGCUGGCAGGAAGUUAAACAGCAGGGCUUCACCGCUGCUAUCCAGACAAACACUAAGUUUUCCCUGCCAUCUUCACAAGCUGAUUUCAGAUGGCACGAAGAAAUCUGUGGACAUGUGGAAUAUCCCUGCCGUUUCCAGAAUCCUGCUGCCAGGUUGCAGGCAGUCAUUCCUUACAGAGUCUUUACUCCCUGUUGCCUUACGGAAUACUGUGAAGAACAUUUGCUUCAGCUAAUUCCUCAGUGCCUCUCAGCUGCUUACACCACACUGGGUACCCACCCCUUUUCCAGGCUUGAUGUUCUGGUAGUUCCUUCCAACUUUUCCAGCCUGGGAAUGGCUAGCCCACACAUCAUCUUCCUGUCACAGAGUGUACUAUCAGGAGGGAGCCAGCUCUGUGGAACACGUCUGUGCCAUGAAAUUGCUCAUGCUUGGUUUGGACUGGCCAUUGGUGCUCGCGAUUGGACUGAAGAGUGGUUAAGUGAAGGGUUUGCCACUUUUUUAGAAGAUAUAUUUUGGGCUAGGGCACAACAGCAGCUGUCACAUGAGGAAGUAAAAGAGCAGCAGGAAUUGAAAGCUUUACUUCGCUGGCGCCGACUCAGAGAUGAGGUGCAGAACUCUGAAGAAGAGCUGCAAGUUUUAAGGCCCAAAAAAGAGAGCACAGGAGAAACAAGCGAGUCUGGAGCAUCCGUUGUCAAACAUGGUCUUAAAGCAGAAAAAGUCUUCAUGCAGGUUCACUACUUAAAGGGUUACUUCCUUUUGCGGUCUCUGGCAAGGACAAUAGGAGAGGCUUCAUUCCUUUCAUCUUUACGAAAAUUUGUCCAUAAAUUCCAUGGACAACUUGUCCUUUCUCAGGAUUUUCUUUGCAUGCUGUUGGAAGACAUACCUGAACAAAAAGAAUCUGGAUUAACUGCAGAAAGGAUCUUCCAGAAUUGGCUUGACACUUCCGGAAUACCAAAGCCUUUGCUGGAGGAGGGCGAGACGUGGAAGGAGAGUCGGCUCGUCCAGCAAGUGAGCGGCGAGGUCACAAAAUGGAUUCGGACAAACCAGAUGAUGAGAAAAAGUGGCAAAAAGAAAAGAAGGCUGGAUGAAGUUGUUUUCCAAAAGCUUCUCCCUGACCAGCUGGUCUUACUUCUGGAGUCUCUCUUGGAGGUGAAGACAUUGUGUCCUAGAAUACUGCAGUGCUUAGAGAAAACGUACCAGCUCCGGGAGCAAGAUGCUGAGGUUCGUCAUCGGUGGUGCGAGCUUAUUGUUAAACACAAGUAUGUGCCUGGGUAUGAAGAUGUUGAAAAAUUUCUCAGAGAAGAUCAGGCAAUGGGUGUGUAUCUCUAUGGUGAAUUAAUGGUGAAUGAAGAUGUGAAACAACAAGAACUUGCACGUAAAUGGUUUGCUGCAGCACGAGAACAUAUGGAUGCAUCCUCAGCCAAAGUGGUGGCAGAGAUGUUGUUCUGAAGAGGAAAGAUGACAGAGAAACUCUUUUAAUAGAUCUCCUACUAAACCCUGGUGGUACGAGAAUUUAUUUGACCCAAGACGCCAAAGGAGAGAUUAUGUGACUGCUAAAACAAUCAUCUAACAGAAACAUUGACUUCUCAGAAUUUAUGUCUUCCAGAGGCUCACUGUACCCAAGACCGCACGUGUACAAAACAAACUACACAUAGACACGUUACUGUGGCUUUAGAUUGUUUUUUAGUACAAAAAAUUGGGGUUUAUUCUUGCUCUUUGGUGAAACAACCAUUCCAGUUUGUAGCUGCCAGGGACUCCUGAUUUGAAUCAUUUCGCCCACUUCAGUAAUUUGGCUAACAUGAAUAAUCCCUGAAAUUCAAUGAAACUAUAUUCCGUACUUAACGUUUUGUUUAAAACCUUUAUACCAAAUUAAACAGACAAUACAAAAUUAGCAGGAUUUGGAGUGGGGCUCAGGAGAUUAAUUGGAAGGGGGAAUACCUGUAAAAAGUGACCAGGUAUCAUCCUUGAACUACAGAAAGCACAAAACCAGUAUUCUCUCUCUGUCUUGUUUAGGUUAACUUUUACCAGAAAUGCCAGACCUUCCACUUUCUGAAAUGUCUUCCAUACCCCUGUGGUGCUCCUUUUGCACAGUGAUUAUAUCGAGUAUAGCUCUUCUUUUCUAGGCACAUACUGCCCCACUGAUCAGAAAACAUCCUAAUUGUUCCUUUCAGAGAGUAAGAAUUUAAAUUGCAGAUUUCUGAAUAUACUUACCCGUACACUCGUUUUACAUCAAAUACUCUUGUAAAAACAAAUGCUUUUUGCAAGUA